UAACCAACAAGCUCACUUGGUCGUCACGGAAAAGCAGUCACUGGCCAAUCAAACUAAACACCACUGUAUCUCCAUACGUCUGUCAUUCUCUUCCUCCUCACCCCACCGUGCACGGUUCCGAAAUCGUGAAUACAAGCACACCAUAGAAGGAAGAGAAAGAAAGAAACGUUAGUUCCAUCUUCUCUCUAUUUCUACUUUUGGUUUUGUUUGAUUGGGAAGGGCGAAAGUUUUGCUGGUGAAAGAGCACAGAACUAAAUGAGAGGAGAGGAAGCAUCAAGCAAUUAUUCGAUGCCUAGUACUGGUUCUGGGAAGAAAGCAAUGAGAAGUCGCAAAAUGCGAAGGCAUCUUGAUAAUGUUGUUAUCAUUGAUGUUGACAGUGAUGGAUUUGAUAAUGUUAUUAUCAUUGAUGUUCCUGAGUCUUUGCAGCAGAAGUUUAAAGGUUCAACUGUACUUAGAGAAGGCAAAAGAUUUCCAAUUCAGGGAAUUAUAAGCAUUGAUGAUGAUGAAAGUGAUUAUGUAGACCAUCCUGAAUUUAAUGUGGAAAAUGAAGGAGGCUUAAAUGGUGAUGAAUCUCCAAGCAAAAAUAGUCCUGCCUCUGAUUCUAUGAAGAAAUCUGAAGAUGCAGAUGCCAAAGAUUGCCGGGUUGUUCUGGAAAAAAGAUCCGCAUUCAAGUUAUCAAAAUGCAAGACAACCUAUACUAAGAAAUCUCCAUCUAGAAAUCGUUAUGGAUUGAAUUCCGAGUCUGAAAGUGAUUCAUCUGAAAGCAGUUCUUCUGAUUGUGAAGUUAUGGAAGGUUCUUCAAGUGACCUUCGUGAACAGUGGGAAAAAGCUUCUCUAAAGAGGAAAUCGCAUAUCUAUCAUAAGGGUGAAUCUGGGCUGGAGGGUCAGGACAGUCCAUGCAGUUCCCACAGUGAUAUUCAUUUAAACGUUAGAGUUGAAAACAGGACUAAACAAAAUUUAGAAGACCCUGUUUGUUUCAGUUCAAAAAAUGUGAACUUUCAAGAGGAAAAUUUGUCUAAUUGUAAUGCUACUGGAGAUGGAUUUGUAGGCGGUGCUUUCAAUCCUUGGAUGGGAUGCCCUUUUGCAAGAUCUGGUCAGAAAGUUGACAAGGAAAGUUUUUCAUGGCAGUGGAAACCGGCAUCAGGAAAGGAUACACAUAUUAAGGAUGAUGUUACAUUAAGAGAGACAUGCAUGGAAGAUUGUAAUUCUUUCCGUGAUGAGAGUCAAAAUAUGAAUGGAUAUGACAGUAGAUUUCAGAAUGAAAGAAAAGGUCCUCUCGGGCCUCCUCCAUGGUCCAUUCAUAAAGGGGGAUGUGAACAAUGUCAUGAUACAAGAAACUGUUUUCAGCAUGGCAAACAAAGAACAAAGGGAGAACAUUCUUUUCCAAGUUUCCAACAGAAGCUUAACUUAAACUCUGAUUAUGAGAGAGCUAGUGUUCACGAUGAAGAUGCUUCUUUGUGCAAGGGUCAGUGUUUGGGUGAAAUGUGCAGUGUUAAUCACAGGAAAGACCUUUCCAUGGAGAAAGGUGGAAACUUCACACCAGCAACUCCUAGCUUUGACACUUGCCCAAUUGUUGCACAAUGCAAUAGUGUUGGUUCUAAGGAGAAAGAUAAACUAGUUUCUGGGACAUUAAGUUCUAUAGACGGAGAUAACCCAUUUACUAAUUCCUCUUCUGAUAUUCUAAUUUCUGAUGGGAAGAAUCCCUUAUAUGCUCUAAAUCGUGAUGUUAUUCCUGCUGUUCAAAGAGAUAUAAUCAACGACAGAGAAAAGCUCAAGGAGACUGAUGAAUACAAGCGAGCAGAAGAACAAGAAUGGGUAGCCAGGCAGCGACAACUGCAAAUUCAGGCCGAAGAAGCUAUGAGAUUGCGAAAGAGAAGAAAAGCUGAAACUUUGCGUAUUUUAGACAUGGAGAAAAGGCAAAAGCAGCGUGUGGAAGAAGUGAGAGAGACGCAGAGGAAGGAUGAGGAAAAUUUGAACAUGAAAGAGAAUCUUCGUGCUGAAGUGAGGAAGGAGCUUUACAAAUUAGAAAAUACAUGCAUUGAUAUGGCUUCGUUACUUCGUGGCUUGGGUAUCCAUGUGGGAGGUGGAUUCAAUCCCUUGUCGCAGGAGGUACAUGCAGCUUAUAAACGGGCCUUGUUGAAAUUUCAUCCUGACCGAGCAUCAAGAACAGACAUACGUCAGCAGGUUGAGGCUGAGGAAAAAUUUAAGCUUAUUUCUCGCAUGAAGGAGAAAUUUUUAUCCACUUCAUGUUUCUGAGUACUAACAAAAGGUUAAUAUACCAUUUUUUGAUUUAUAUUGGUUGAAAUUUGUUGUAUCUGCUGCUUCUACUUGAAACAAUUCAUGUUACUUUGGCAUUUUUUAGGCUGUUGGCCCCAGGUAGAGUGAUCAUAUUUGUAAAGCAGUCAUCAUAUUUUGUUGUUAGAGAAGGAAAUCAUGAUCUUAAAAAUUUACUCUUCACUUCUAAUGGAGAUUAUGUGGAUUAGUUUCCAAUUUUAGUAUU